AUGCACGUGCUUGUCCCAAGACUCGAGAGCGCAACGCAAACGCGCCGAGCAGACCAGGCAAAAUCCAGGCACAGCAGCCUCCACUCCCUCCCCAAGCCCUGGAUCCGGAGAACCAUGGUGCGCUCUCAAGUCGACAGCGUAAUGGCAUGCCAUGCAUCCUGUCCUCCCAGCGGAUCCGUGUUUCCCGAGCUUCCACAAAGUUCACGCCACGACAUGGAUGCCACAGCUCACGCGUAG